AUGGCUUCGAAUAUCACCAAGACUCAGAAAGGUCGUGAAAAACUUAUUCACGAGGGCUGGAUGUACGUCCGGGACCGUGUGAUAGGCGGAGGAAGUGUCCAGAGUUGGCGGUGCAUGUAUAAGAACGCUUCUUGUCCGUGCCGCGCUAGAGCGUACACCUCUAUUGAGUCGGGGGAGGUCGUCAGUACGAAAGGCUCACACACGGAUCCGGUCGACCCUUCGGAAGUCGAGACCACAAAAGUCCGUGAAGCCAUCAAGCGACGCUGUGAAGAAACAAGUGAACCACCAUCGUCGGUGAUGUCCUCAGCGUUUCUCACGGCUUCGAGAGCAACUCUCGGACGACUCCCGGAGCGCUCGGUCGUGGCGAGGAUUAUAAACCGCCACAGGAGCGCCGUUUCGAACACUCCGGCUUUCGAAUCUAGGAGUUCCAUAGUAAUUCCAGAACACUACCGCGAAUAUGAAUUCGAGCCCGGACGAUUCGAGAAUUUCGUCGUAGCUGACAGCGGUGUAGGAGAUGUCGACCGCAUAAUCAUUUUCGGAAGAGAGUCCACGAGAGAGUGGAUAGGCUUAGUCCAAAAGCUAUUCGUCGAUGGGACCCUCAGUCUUUCCCCACCGACUUUUUCUCAGAUUUUCGUGGUGCUAGCCGAACGGUCACAGUGUGUCCUCCCGGUCGCGUAUGCGCUGCUUCCGAACAAGACCGCUGAAACAUACACGAGGGCGCUGAGUCUACUGAAGAACGCGUGGCCGGCUUUGAGUCCUCUGGCCGUGGUGAUGGACUUCGAAAGGGCUGUCAUGAACGCCGUGCGCAGCGUUUUCUCAUCCGAUACGAGGAUGGAUGGCUGCUUCUUCCACCUCGUGAAGAACAUCAAGCUCAAGCUGGCGGGAGAAGGGCUUAUGAGUCGGUAUAGUAAUGACGACGAUUUCGCGCUCAACGCGAGGAUGAUCGCGGCCUUGGCUUUCGUUCCACCAGCCGAGCUGAAUAACGCGAUCUCCGAGCUCGCAGCACUUCUUCCGCCGGAGCUCGUCACCGUUCUCAAUUACUUCGAGGACCGAACGCUCGACGGCGAAGCGCGUACAAACAACUACGCGGAAGCCGCUCAUCGACGCAUGCAGCUUGAGUUCGGGGUCAGCCACCCGACGCUGUGGAAGUUCAUCGAGGGCUUGAGGAGGAUACAGAAUAAUCGAGACUUCCAGCUCGAACAAUUCCUCGGAGGUGCUCCAAGUUCUAAGAAGCGCGAUAAGUAUGUGGAGGCCGACAGGAGGAUUUUAGAGAUCGUGCGGGACGUUUCGAACAGGACUCACGUGGAGUAUCUGCGCGGUAUCGCGCACAACUUCUUCAUGGAGUCGUAA